AUGGAAGGUAAUCGGGGUCACAAACGGUUCAGAAUUGAGUCUCGUGAAGGAGUUUAUGGUCCUUUGCAACCUAAGCCGGCGAAUGUGCCAACGCCAAGACAAACUGGCGCGCAAUUAGGUCAAUUCUUUAAGAAGCGGAAGAAAUCCGGCAAGAGUGAAAAACGGGCAAAUAAGAGCUUUGAAAAGCCUGAACAAGCGGUUUUCGAGAACGAUGCAGUCAGGGUACGUUUAGUGGAGCAAGAAGAGCCGAGAACAACCGAAAAGUCGGCAGGAAGGUCGCUGGGCCAGCCGCGUCGGCGCAAGCUUCGGAAUGAAACCAAGGGGCUGAAUCGCGCGGAUUGGUCGCUGCCGCGUGGAGACGACAGUUGCGAUGCAAUUGGCAACCAGUCGAUCCAGCUCGAAGAGUUCGAUCAGCCGCCAGACUCGACUUCAACGCCGCUUCUGGGAAGUCCCUUGACACGAAGCCUUGCCGACAGCGCUGGAGACGUUUAUGCGGAUGGCAGCACAAACAGCUUUGCCGUUCCGCGGUUCUUGUGGCCCGUGGGCCACCAGGCGUCUGUGGGGGCGUCUGGCCCGUCUGGAGCGCCGGUGCUGGCACCCCAGGUGCCCCAGGGGCCGUAUAUAACACCCGUUCGAUUUGAACCUGCCAACGCUAGAAUAGUAGCGCCAGAUGGCAUGGUGUACGUUCCAUCCGCGGGGCCCCUGUACGUCGACCCCUCGUGGGCCGCUACGACGCGUUACGCAGCUCCGUGGCCUGGGCCUGUCGACACCAAUUGGGCCCUGUCACCUAGCCCUUUCAUGCAGCACUCUGCUCUGCCGCAGCCACCGCCGCCGCAGCAGCAGCACCUGAGAAACAAAACUCGCAUCGACCAGGAGAGAAGAAAAUCAAGUCAGUCAAGCAGCUAUAAAUCCAGCGGUGGCAACGCGACGUGCCACUCGAGCACUACGUAA